AUGUCAUCUGAAUGGCCCGAUGCACAAAUAUCAAAUAUACAAAAGACUUUACAAAAUAGUUGGCAAAUUCCUUACAUAUCAUUAUUUGCUCGUAUUUUUUGUGAUGCUUUUCAAUUAUUUGAUUUUCAUCAAGAAGAAUUAGAAGAUGCAUUACUAUCAGAUGAUCCAAAUGAAAUACAUCCAUUUCUUCAAGAACUUCUCAUAUCUCUCCUCUCCGGAUUGAUACGUUUACAUGUCAAUUCAGAGAAUAUGUUUGGUAUGUUAACAAAUGUACUUAAAAAAUGUGAUCUGACUAUUAUUUCUUCGACUCCAUCAACGACUAUGUCAAUAUCUGAUGAUUCAAUAACAACAACAGAUUGGCAAGAAAUGUCUAUUUUUGAAAAAGUUACUGUACUUCGUGCUCUAUGUGAUGCACGAUUAAAUAAAGCUGAUAUGGAUCAAGUAACUGAGAAUAUGCCAGCUGAUUCACUUCGUUUCGAACCAUUUGGUGAAGAUUCACGUGGAAAUAAAUUAUGGUAUUUUGGUGAUACUAGACUUUAUUGUGAUUCACGAAAUAAAAACUCAGAAACAUCAACAUGGGAAUGUAUAUGUCGUACAUUAGAUGAAUGGAAUGUUUUUAUUGAAAAUUUUCGUAAAACAUGUUCAAGAAAGAAUUCGAAUCUUAAAGAUCGUAAAUUACUCGAACGUUUAGUAGCAUUAAAUACGGAUUUACCAGAUAUAUACUCACGUAAAGAUCGUGAUAGACUUCGUCGUUGGACAUCAUAUGAACCAAAGCGUGCAUCGACACGUCUUGAAGCUAAACGACAACAACGUCUUCAAUUCGAAGAAAUAACACAGGAACAAAAAGCACGACAUGAUAAAUUUCUUGAAUAUAGACGACGACAAGAAGAAACUAUUGCCAAAGAAAAAGAACGUUUAGAACGUAGUGAACGUGUUAAAAGAAGAGAAGAACGUGCUGAUCGUAUUCGUCGUCGUACAGCAGGUGGAUCUUUAACAGGUCAUAAUGGAUCAGAAUUUGAUGAAAAUAGCAAUACAUCAUCAAUAUUAAAUGAUGAAAAUAGUCAUCCAAUUGAUACCAGUGAUAUACAUCAAAAAGUAUUAACUAUGUUGAGAACCAAUGAGAACAGUUGGCCAUUCCUUGAACCUGUUACAGAAGAAUUAGCACCUAAUUAUUUUGCAAUCAUAGAGAAUCCAAUGGAUUUUACUACUAUACAACAAAAGAUAAAUAAUAAAACAUAUGUUAAUAACUCAUCAGAAUUUAUUCGCGAUAUUGAAUUAAUAGUUGCCAAUUGUGAAAAAUACAAUGGCAAACGAAGCAGUAAUUUAAUUAUUUCAUCAACAUUUCAUGUUCUUUAUUGUCUUUUUUUCUUAGUUUUGGGUAGAUUAGCUAAUCGUCUUCUUCAUUAUUUCAAAGAAUGUUGGUCUGAAUGUCAACCAAUAACACCUCAAUUUGAUGAUGAUAUUGAUGAUUUAAAUCAUCGAGUAAAUCCAAUUAAAAAAUCAACAAUAAUAACACGAGAUAAAAAUAAUAAUACAAAAACUAGAAAAAAUUAUCGACAAUUAGCUGGUUUAACUGAUGAAGACGAUUAUGAUAAUGAACCUGAAUAUACACCAAUGCCAAGUUCGAAACGAGCUCGCCAUUCAACUCCUUCUGUGCCAGUAUAUAUAACUGUUGAUCCAGAUUCUCCUGCAUCUAUUGUCUAUCAUGAUCAUUCUUAUUUUAUUCGUCAUGAAUCAACAAAUUCUUCAAUUGAUAAUGCACAACGACGUAAAUCAUCAAUUCCUAUAAUAAAUAAUAGUCAAUCUCAUCAACUACAAGAAAAAUCUUCUUUACCUUCUGUUCAAGUUCUUAAUCAAUUACUAUUUGAACAUCAACAAAAAACAAAAAAUUCUCAAACAGAUUCUUCAACAUCAACUAGUCCUAUUGAUUUUACUGCUAUACUUCGUGCAUUAUUAGUUAAACAAGGUCAUCAUUUACCAUCCAACGAAACUUCAUCAACAGCUACAUUGUAA